CUCAAAGCAGUCAGAAGGAUGGAUAAAAAUUAUUUUGGCAUACGUGGGAAAGUUAAUGAUCCAUGCCAAUAUAAUUUAUUGGAUUGUCAAGAAUUAGAGAUUUCACGAUUACAAAGUUCAGAAAUAGCAGAAAUUAAAGUAGAUAUAUCAGAGAUUUGA